AUGUUCACUUUCAAGUCUUUACGCCUUGACUACGGCCAAGAAACAGCAAAGUUGGCGAAGCGUUACGUCAAUGUGAUUCGCAGUAUUUCAAUCUUCAAAACCCACCUCCAAUUUACGACCAACUGCCGAGACAUGGACUUGAUCCCCCGAAGCCUACGCAUCAAACGUCUCGUCCACACUGCGGAGGGACAGAAUAUCUUGGCACAAGCCGAACGCCGUUUGGUAAUUGCCCGGAUCCACGAGUGCAGGUCAACAUUGAGAAGAAAAGAUCUUGAUCUCUUUUUCAUUCGUCGGCAACUCGAACAUCGCAUCCCAGACUUAUUUCAUUCGCUGGACUCGUUUGCCAGGACUUGUGCCUCCACUGUGGCAAAGAAACAGCGGAUAUCUCAGGACCGAAAACUUACGUCGCUAACGAAGGCAGACAGGACGCAGCCCAGCGCCGACGUCGCCGGAUUUGUAAAAAACAUAUCUUCGGGACAGCUCUCACCUGUCGAGACAAGUGUGCUGGCGAAAGGUCACGGCUUCAACCUUACAACGGCACGACCACCUCUGGCAAAGAUGGUCGCAGCUGUCGAAGACGGUAUAAGACACCUGGAUUCCAGCAUUCAAGAACAAGUAAGACUGAAACCGAUUGGAAUUAUGUCAAAAAUCCAAAAACAGCAAUGUCACAACAUAACCAGGGAAGAGCAUAAAGCACUUCGAAGCCUCCAGGAAGACUCGAAGAUUGUCAUUCUGCCUGCUGACAAGGGAAACUCAACGGUUGUCUUAGACCGGCAGGACUACGAUGGCAAAAUCCGAGACCUCCUUGACAACAGUACGUAUGAAAAUCUCAAAAAAGACCCGACAUCGCAGAUUCAGACUAAACUUAAUAAGAUACUUGCUGAUAUAUUCAAGAAAUACCCAGAUGCAAGAGCCCUCUACUUACGACUUAACUGCAGGAACGACUUCAGAUCGUCCCCUCUUCGGGCGUUAUCCUGCUACCUACACAAGGUUUUAUCCCCGCUCACCGGAAACACCCCAACUCAUGUACGAAACUCUGCCCACUUCGUGGAGCGCGUCUCACCACUCACCAUCAGCGCUGACGAGUGCCUCGUUUCGUUUGACGUUGUGUCUCUCUUCACGAACGUGCCGAUCCCACUGGCAGUGGACGCUGCCAGGAUGGCACUUGAGAGGGACAACGACCUGGCGACUAGAACCAACCUCAGUGUUCACGAAGUGUGCCGCCUCCUAGAUUUCUGCCUCAGCGGAACGUACUUCUCAUUCAACGGAGAGUACUACAAGCAGACUACCAGAACAGCAAUGGGUGCGUCAAUAUCUGUAACCGCAGCGAACUUGGUGAUGGAAUCAAUUGAAGAAAGGGCCCUGCAAUCCCCCGAUAUUAAACCGAAAACAUUCUUACGGUACGUAGACGAUUGCUUCUGUAUUUUGAAGAAUUCCGAUGUUGACGAGUUUUUGGCACGCCUAAACCGCAUCGAGCCAUCCAUCCAGUUUACCGUGGAACUCGAGAGGGACAACGUUUUGCCUUUUCUCGAUGUACUCGUAAAGAGAGAAGGAAGUGACCUAAAGUUCACCGUGUACAGGAAGCCCACUCAUACGGGACGAUAUCUAAGGUUUGAUUCCAAUCACCCUACGUGUCACAAGGCUUCGGUGGUUUCGUCCCUUUUUUCGAGAGCUAAGAAGAUUUGUUUGUCGGAGAAAGACAGGAAAAAAGAAGAAGCAGCAAUCACUUCCGAUUUAAAAAAGAACGGAUACACAAGUAGCUUUGUUCAGAGAGUCGCCCGUCGUCAAGCUCGCGGUCUCCGAAACCGACCACGUCACACUGACGACCAGACCUGUCAGACUAGACGAAUCACCAUGCCAUAUGUGAAGGGAAUCAGCGAGUCUCUGACACGUAUACUAGCGAAGGAAGGAAUACGUGUGUCUCACAAACCCGUCUCAACAAUCGGACACUAUAUACCGCGGCCGAAAGAUCGUCCACCGAAAGAAAAAGCACAAGGUGUAGUCUAUAAAAUUCCGUGCAACAAAUGCAGCGCAUCAUGUAUCGGCGAGACAAAGAACUUCCCCGAAAGGCUACGGCAACAUAAGAAUGAUGUACGGAAGUCGGACAUCGAACGAAGCGCUCUCGCUGAAUACUGUCAAGUUCGAGACCAUCCUAUCGACCUUCAAAACGCCUGCAUAAUCGACCUUGAGGAUUUGCCACUCAAGGAGAUGGUCACGAGAAAUAAAGUGCGCGGUGGAGAGCACAGAGGCUGGAUUGCUUCCGGAAUUGCAGCGGGAACAAUGACAGCGCCCUGUACAUCUUGA